GACGACGUCAUCGGGGCUGUCUCCAAAGUGUUUGCGAGCGUCCAGUUAGGGCGCAUCUCAGGAUUCGCGAGAAGCGGUGCACCCAAAACAGCUCGACGGCUUGCAUCUGACGGUUACGCCCUCGGACUCACGGGGAAGACCUUUAAACAUGGGUUGCUUCGAGUGCUGCAUCAAAUGUUUAGGCGGUGUGCCGUACGCGUCGCUGGUGGCGACCAUCUUGUGCUUCUCCGGCGUGGCCCUCUUCUGCGGCUGCGGUCACGUGGCACUCACGGGAACCGUCAGCAUCCUGGAAAGUCACUUCUCCACGGUGGCCAGUGAUCACGCCAUGCUCACCGACGUAAUACAGCUGAUGCAGUACGUCAUCUACGGCAUCGCCUCUUUCUUCUUCCUGUACGGCAUCAUCCUGCUUGCUGAGGGCUUCUACACCACCGGCGCCGUCAAGGAGCUGCACAGCGAGUUCAAGACCACCCUCUGCGGGCGAUGCAUCAGCGGAAUGUUUGUGUUCAUCACCUACAUUCUGGGCGUGGCUUGGCUGGGCGUAUUCGGCUUCUCCGCCGUGCCCGUCUUCCUCUUUUACAACAUGUGGUCCACGUGCGCCACCAUGAAAUCGGCCGCAUCCAACCUCACCGACAUCGACUCCAUCUGCGUGGACGUCCGUCAGUACGGAAUCAUCCCAUGGAGUGCAACACCGGGGAAGGCCUGUGGAUCCACGCUAGGUGACAUCUGCAACACCAGCGAGUUCUACCUGUCAUAUCACUUGUACAUCGUAGCCUGUGCUGGAGCUGGAGCCACUGUGAUCGCUCUGAUCCACUUCCUCAUGAUUCUCUCCGCAAACUGGGCCUACCUUAAGGACGCCAGUCAAAUGCAUGCCUACCAAGACAUCAAAAUGAAAGAGGAGCAGGAGCUGCAGGACAUCACGUCACGCUCCAAGGAAUGCCUUCAUUCCUACACAUAAGGCCAUUGCACACACGCACACACACGUUCAUGCAAAGGGCACACAAGGCCAUUCUGAACCCGUCGGGCUACAAUAACCACCUGUGCCGUACUAACAGACUAACACGCUGCAGCUUCUGCACUAACUCCACAUGCAGUAUUUUGCUUCUUUUACAUGCCCGUUUGGUUGUCUUGAUCGCCUUUGGCUGUCAUUUUUUUUAACCACUAUUUGCAAGGUGAAUCCACAUUAUUAUUACGGUUACACAUAUGGUAACCACAGUGUGACAAGAGGCAAUACAUUGACAAGUAUUGAAUUAUUCCCAAGUUUAUUAAGGCUGUAAAAUCUGCUCAUGACACGCACAAAAACAUGACUGUGAAUUUAUUUCAACAGAUUUAAAAAUUGGAUAAACGUGCAUGAAGGCAGUCUUAUGUGCUGCAGUAUUAACUUCCUGGCCUAUAUUAACUCUACCUCAGGGGUCUGCUGGAGCUGGAUGAACAAUGAAAAAAUGUAAAGCAUGUACUGUACAACUAUAAUUUUGUAUAUGUGAAUGCUCACUAAGCCACAACAUUAGGUAUACGUGUUAAAUCCAAUUCAAAGGGAGACCUUUACUAUACUCCAGACUAUUUAAUGGUGCAUCGCAAUAAAUAAGAAUAUCGUAGAAAUUAAUUUACUACAUACGCAGUGAAAUAUUUCAUGAUUGAAUGAUAUCAUUUGAAUGAUAAUAGUUUAUAGCUAAUGAACCCCCCCCCCCCCGCCUCUCCAAUGAAUAUGUCAAGAAAUUGGAAAGCCCCUCCUGAAAAGUAUUUUUUGCAUUUUUAAUGAAUCUGUAAAAAUGUUUUUUUUUAUGGUUUCACAAUGUUUUCCACUUUGGCAUGAAAAGGGCUUCAAAUUCACACUUUUAGAGAACUGACGCUGACUCAAACCAAAAAUAUGCUUCCUAAAAUGAGCUCACUUGAACAAUUCCUUACAGGGUCUUUUCAUCAUAGAAAAAAAACAUCAACAGUUUUUCAUUAUUUUUCUCAUGCUGUUGCGCUUCCUCUAAAGCUCUCAGUUUGAAAAGCAUUAAUGUGAUACAAUUUAAAAACUAUAUUAUAAAAUAGCCGUUACAAUAAUGUUUGAAGGACAUUGUUACAUUCUGCGUGUUUCUAUUAUUGUCAAGCUGAGAACUUUUUUUUCAUCUUUUGUGUCACUUUACAGCAAGCGUAUCCUUGUAAAGGGUUUCACCGUCGCUUUCUCAAGACUUAAUAGAACUUUUAGCUUGACCUAAUGCUUGCCAAAUAGUGAGUCCACCACUUUGCUAGCCAUAAAUGGAAGUAGCUCCUUGUUAACUGUAUAUAUUACUUUUUACAAUAAAAUAAAUGGGUGUGCCUUUUUGGAAGUGCUAGUAGCCUAGUUGAUUGGAGGAAAACCUAUGAGGUAGUUUAAAUUUGACAAAUUGUGAGUACUUGUGUAUUAAGGAUUUUUAAUAUUUUAUAAUAAUACAGUAAUCGUAUUAUGUUUGAAUAGAAUGUUCCAUACAGUUCUUGUGUUGUUUCAUAUUACAUAGUGUGGCUGUACCUAAUAUUGUGGACAGUGAGUAGAACUUCAUAGCCUAAAUUACACUCUGUAUUAUAGCAUGCCAAUAUAAGCCAUAACAACAAUUACUGACUAACUACAAAUAAGUAUUUGAGCCCUCAAACUUACUGUUUUAGCUCAUUAUUUUGACCUGUAGUGACUCAACAGUGUGAUCAAACCAGAAGUGUGCUUGGGCUGAACAAGUUUGGAUUAUCUAAAGAACUUGAAGGUGUAAACUGUGUAAAAUUUUUAAAAACAUUUUUUUCAUCAUUUUUCUAUAAUUGCAUUGGAAUUUGAUGUGUUAUAAUUACUGUUGUGUAAUCAUUUUAUUCUAUUAGUUGCUGCGCUAACUUUUUUUGUUGCAUGAAGAUUGAAUGCAGAGUUGAGACACGAUGAGGUUUGCUGAUUUUGUGAAAGUAGGCAGUGUUUGCCUGUUCUUGUUUUGUUUAAUGAUUCGCUCAGUAAUUGUAGAUGCUUUUAGGUUACUUUAGCUGACUGUAUGUAAAUCUUAUUAGUAAACAUUUUCUACAAAUCUUUUCUAUGAAUGUUGAAGGGCUUACCCCCAGUGAAUUGUAACUUUAAACAAGCUUCGACAUUUUUGCAAUGGCUAUUAGCCAAAGUGUGACUUGCAAGUGUCUCCUUUUGAAUCAACCAAAAACAUGAAGAAGAAGAAAAAAAAAAGCUACCUAUCAAUCAUUUGGAGGACAAACAAA